AGCAAAAAGAAGAGAGGAAACAAAAUAUAAUAAAAUCCUACUUGCUUCCUGUUGGCACGGUGAAGGUUUUUCUCUGAGUGAUUGGGUGCAACAGAAGCUGCUAUAAAGGCCACAGUGAUUGUUAUAUAAAUAUAACAGUGAUUGCUUUCCAAGAGUGGACUUUGUCUGUAGUUGCUCAAGGGUUCAAGUCAAUUUGUAAUAGCCAUCUUGUUUCACAAUCCACCGAUUUACUUGGCAAGCUAUUAAGUAAGCAGAUGGUUGGGAAAACAGCCUUGCGAGCUGUCAAAACAGAAGACAAAGCCUGACAGUCGUUCUCGCUAUAUCACCUCCAAACGCCUAGAGGACUAGGGAUGGAUCACAAAUUGAAGAUUAGGCUCUCCAGGUAAGUGGAAAGCAUUCUUUUUUGAAAAAGGAAUCAUUCUCUCUCUAUAUUUUAAAUAGCAACCAAUGCUGAUCCUUGCCAAUUAGUUUUUCCAGUGCUUUCUGGUAUUUGUAGCAAUGGCUAGACAGCAUAUUUCCCAUUGUGACCCUGCACUCUGUGCAGGCAAACCCAGACAGAAUUAAAAUAAUCUCUCUGUUCCCUGAUGUCCAGUUGAUUGGUGGUGAAUGUGGAAGUAACUCCAGUAUGCAGGGAAUUUUUCUGACCAAGACUGAGCUGUAUUUUUGAAACACUAAGGGAAUGUAGCAAGUGGUUAACUUCUAAGAUUUCUUCAGUACUGUGUCCCAUUGAAGCCCUAUGUGGCGAUCACACAGGGUCCCCGGAUAUUUGACAGUCUAUUGAUCCCUGUGCCACCACUAUGAUCACUUCCCCGCUGCCACCAACCCGUUUCUCUUGGGUACACACUGAGUUCAGACAGUUGUUAACAUUAAAACAAAUAAUCAAGUUUAUUUUAUAAGCAUGAACAAGUUUAUGGUUUCAGAUAAUUUUUCUUGUCAGUUUCUUAUCCUUAGUUUCUAUACUGGCCUAUAGCUUACUAAUAACUGCUAACUGAUUAUCCCAACUGUCUAUCUGACUCCUAUCAGUUUCUCUCACUCUCUCACAUCAAAACUCGACCAACCCACAGACGUAUCCUCCCUCUUCCUUCUCCAACUCCCAACUGAAUUCCAAACAACUCUAACUCUAACUACCGUAUUUUUCGCUCUAUAGGACGCACUUUUUUCCCUUCAAAAAUGAAGGGAAAAUGUGUGUGCGUCCUAUGGAGCGAAGACGCCAUAGCCCCGCGACCCUCUCCCGGCUGGAGAGGUGACGCGCGGCUAUGGCAGGAGCCUCUACAGCCCUGCGUCACCUCUCCAGCCGGGAGAGCGCGCGCGGGGCUAAAGCAGCCCCCCCGUGACCCUCUCCCGGCUGGAGAGGUGACGGGCGGCUAUGGCAGGAGCUUCUAUAGCCGCGCGUCACCUCUCCAGCCGGGCAGCGCGCGGGCUAAAGAAGCACCCCGCGACCCUCUCCCGGCUGGAGUGGUGACGCGCGGCUUUGGCAGGAGCCUCUAUCGCGGCGUGUCACCUCUCCAGCCGGGAGAGCGCGCGCUGGGCUAAAGACGCCCCCCGCGACCCUCUCCCGGCUGGAGUGGUGACGCGCGGCUAUUGAGUCUCUUGCCAUAGCCGCCCGUCACCUCUCCAGCCGGGAGAGCGCGCGGGGGGCUAAAGCAGCCCCCCGUGACCCUCUCCCGGCUGGAGAGGUGACACGCGGCUAUGGCAGGAGCUUCAUAGCCGCCCGUCACCUCUCUAGCCGGGAGAGCGCGCGGGGCUAAAGAAGCACCCGCGACCCUCUCCCGGCUGGAGAGGUGACGGGCGGCUAUGGCAGGAGCUUCUAUAGCCGCCCGUCACCUCUCCAGCCGGGAGGCGCGCGGGGCUAAGAAGCACCCGCGACCCUCUCCCGGCUGGAGAGGUGACGCGCAGCUAUUGAGGCUCUUGCCAUAGCCGCCCGUCACCUCUCCAGCCGGGAGAGCGCGCGCGGGCUAAGAAGCACCCGCGACCCUCUCCCGGCUGGAGAGGUGACGCGCAGCUAGUGAGGCUCUUGCCAUAGCCGCGCGUCACCUCUACACCUGGGAGAGCGCGCGCGGGGCUAAAGAAGCACCCCGCGACCCUCUCCCGGCUGGAGAGGUGACGCGCAGCUAUUGAGGCUCUUGCCAUAGCCGCCCGUCACCUCUCCAGCCGGGAGAGCGCGCGCGGGGCUAAAGAAGCCCCCCGCAACCCUCUCCCGGCUGGAGAGGUGACGCGCGGCUCUUGAGGCUCUUGCCAUAGCCGCCCGUCACCUCUCCAGCCGGGAGCAGCGCGCGGGCUAAGAAGCCAUAGCCCCGCGACCCUCUCCCGGCUGGAGAGGUGACGCACGGCUAUGGCAGGAGCCUCUCCACUGCGCCUUUCCGCUGCUCCCUGAACUGCUCUUUGGGGCUGGUGGUGGGCUUCCCCCGCCAGCCCCAAAGAGCAGGGCGAAAGGAACCUGAAGCCUGGAGAGCGAGAGGGGUCAGUGCACACCGACCCCUCUCGCUCUCCAGGCUUCCAAGGUAGCCGCCUGAACGCACCUUAAACGGCACCUUGUUUUAGAGCGGGAAAACAAGAGUGGGAAAGUUCUCCCCUCUCUGCACAGCCCCUCCUUCCACCUCGCUGAAGGGGCGCUGGGCAGAGAGGGGGAGAAUUUUUUUUUCUUGUUCUCCCCCCUCUAAAACAAAGUGCGUCCUAUUGUCCGGUGCGUCCUAUGGUGCGAAAAAUACGGUAUAACUCCUCCCCUGGGGUUCCCACUCGCCAAUCACUUCACAUUCAUUUAACCCUUUCCUUAUGACCCACCUAGGAGGGCAAACGCCACACCCUAUUCAAGUAAGUUUUGUUGCGUCUGAGGGGGAUGGGAUUGUAUGCACUUGAAUACAUAAAUAAUGCUGCAACGGCUCUAAAAAUGCCUCUCUUUAAACAUGCAAAGCAGUAAAUAACACAGCGAAAAUGCUACUUGUGUUGAGUACUUUUUAAAUGUGUCAGUGUUACUCCCCAGAGCACUGGUUUUGGAGUUCGUGGUUGUAACUUUUUUGUUGUUGUUGUUAAAGUUCAUUGUGCUGUACAUGCCAGAUUUAUUCUAUAGAUGUUUGUCAUUUGAUUCGUAGAAGGAAUUUAUGGUGGUGGGAAAUUGACACAUCACAGAAAUUGGGGGUAGCUAAAAUGGGGACAAACAUGUGCAUACACAAUGUACUAUAAAGUGUAUUUCUUAGUGAAGUUGUAAUGCAUUUAUUUAUUGGUUGAGGUGGGGGAACAAUCACAUUGGGGUGGUAAGUGCGGAAUGGUAUGCCUUGUAUACCUGAGCAAAACGGACCCCUCAGCACCAUAAUGGGGUCUGAAUAUGAGGGGUCAUGUCUAUCCCUUAUUCCUACUGUUUGGGUAGUGGGCAGGGGUAUGGAAAUAACCAUAAGGAAAGUUAGUAGCUAUAACUAAAAACAUGGGGGAAUUUUAAAUAUGAUCACCUACUACAGGGUCUGCAGGUGCCUUACCUCAUGAUAAAGACUACAAACCUAUUCCUUAGUAUCAGGGGUAAAGGGCAUGACUUUAACUCUAAAACAAACUUUACAUCAUCAUCAUCACACACCCCAUCAUGCCAUAAGCUGGAGGAACUCAAAACAUGUUCCUUCAGGUCAGGGACAUUCAGGUCACGUUCAAGAAACCCUGAAGCAAGAUUCUCUCUCUCUCUCCCUCUCCCUCUCCCUCUCCCCCCCCCUCAUAUCAACACUUUUUUUAUUUCAGUAAAUGACCAGUACAGAAGAUAAGAAGACAGCAAACCACAAUAAAAUAAAUUAAGUAUACUAUUACAUGUGAAGUUUAAAACAAUGUAAGAAAUUAAAAAGCAAGGGGAAAUAUAAAAUAAUUAUAUUAAAAUGUUUUUUUAAAUAAAAAAAAAACAGGGUAAGGUGUUAAUAAUUCUAAAAUUAAGACAAGAUCUUGUGCCGACAAGCUAUUGCUGCCGCACAAAAACUAGCUACCUUGGCAGUGAUCUCGGGAAACUGGUCAGGCAAAAGAUAAUUGAUAUAAAACACUUCAGAUCUUCCUGGUAUACUUUGUAAAAGUGGAUUAAUAAAAUGGUGGUGGAUUUCACGGCGGAAGGAACAACACAAUAAGACAUGUCCCACAGUAUCUAUUUUCUCUACUUUGCAAGGGCAUAAACAUUCCUAUCCAAACUCAUAUCAAGCAAUAUAAAGUUUAUACCCAUUCAUAUCGAAAGGCAGGACUUUCAGUGAAAAGAUGGUGAAGCAUUCUUCGCUUCUUGUGUGUUUUCUUUUACAGUCAGCGGUUCUUAAGGGUUUCAGACAGGAGUCUUUCUUAGCACCAGCUGGAGAUGCCAGGAACUGCCUUCCCAGAAUUCUUUGGGAGAAGCCAUGUACUUUGCAUGUAUGAUGUGGAUGUGACCCAAACCUGGAUCCAUUAGCACAGAAACCAUUUGCUCUGUUAUUGAACUCCUACAACCCUUCCACUAAAAAUUAUCUCUCUUCCCCACCACAAUCGCAGAUAAUCCAAACUUAGAAAAUUCUGAUCCUGAUGUUUUGGUGGUUGUUUAUAUAGAUGCAGUCUAGCUAUUUUGCUAGUUUCCUCCCUAUUUCCCCAAAUGUGUGAUGCGGCCGUGUCAAGACCCAACGUUUUGUUGAUAAUGGCGGAUGACCUUGGCUAUGGUGAUUUGGGAUGCUUUGGUAACGACACACUCAAGUAAGUGUCAUUUUGUGACUUGAGAUCAUGCACUCAGCCCCACCCACAAAGUUGCACCACUCGUCCUGUUCCUCCCCAGGCUCACCUUUUGCUUUUGGGGGCAGCUCCUAUUCACCCCAAAGGCUCCUUGUUCAAUUAACCACCACAGUGUAAAUCACAGUUUUGUACAGUGUCACUACAUUACUAGAGCCUGAUGAUUUGGGUCAUGCAAUUUAACCAUAUUGCUUCUAUGGUUUCAUCUCUACAGCCUAGAGAAUUUUUUUAGUAAGUGUUUGAUACAAUUUCUAAAUAAACCCUUUGUUGCCUCUGCAGCCCUCAAGAUGGAGCUGCGACCCAAGAAAGGCUUCACGAAAAGGUUUCUGCAAAUGACACGGGACCAUACAGUAUUCCCAAACUAAAGUAUCUCUUUGUUCUACAUAUUAGGACUCCUAAUAUUGACCAGCUAGCAAGGGAAGGAGUGAAGCUUACUCAGCAGAUUGCUGCAGCCUCGCUUUGUACCCCAAGCAGAGCAGCUUUUCUGACUGGCAGAUACCCCAUCAGAUCAGGUUUGGCGCUCUCUUUAAAUGGUUGGCUGGUGUUUGGGUGCACAGAGGAUUACCCCAAGCGAUAACCAGUCCUGAUGCAGAUCGGGGGGAGGGGGGAGCAUAUGCACGCACAUACAUAGACCUCUUUCAGGGCUCUGCAGUUGUGCAUGCAUUUUCUGCAUAGCUGGACCUAGCAUGACAAGAUCCUGUCAGUCACACCUCCUGGCCAGCUGUCAUGCAGUACGGGACUCCAGGAGUCUUUUCACACAGGCACAAGUCUGUACCCAGUGGUAGCACAACUGUGUUGCAUGCAGAAGUUUCCAGGUUCAACCCCCAUCAUCUCCUGGUUGGGCUGGGAGGGAACCCUGCCUGACCUGAAGGGUUUAUUAACUGCAGCCCAGCCAAGUCAAUGUGAUAGCAGCUGCCACUCAUACUAAGGCUCUCGCCCCCAAUUCCUUUUACAUGUUAGGUAUGGUGUCCAGACAUGAUCCCCGUGUCUUCGCGCGUACUGGUGCUUCUGGAGGACUCCCCGUGAAUGAAACAACAUUUGCUAAGUUAUUACAGCAACAGGGCUACACCACGGGCCUUAUAGGUAUAGUAUUACAUUGACAUAUUCCUUCCAUUUUUCACUGACACAUCUGAGCUUCAGUUUGAUCAAAAAUUUCAUGGUUGUUACUGCCUUCUUGGGGUCUCCAGCUGACGAAGUUAAAUUAGAGGGUAAGCAAAAGAAAUUAUUGGGACAGAACUACCUAAAUCGUAUAGAAAUUUAUUUAUGUACAGUGGUACCUCUGGUCACGUACUUAAUUCGUUCCGGAGGUCCGUUCUUAACCUGAAACUGUUCUUAACCUGAAGCACCACUUUAGCUAAUGGGGCCUCCCACUGUUGCCACGCUGCCGCCACGUGAUUUCUGUUCUCAUCCUGAAGCAAAGUUCUUAACCCAAGGUACUAUCUCUGGGUUAUUGGAGUCUGUAACCUGAAGCGUAUGUAACCUGAAGCGUAUGUAACCCGAGGUACCACUGUAUGCUACUACAGCAGCAACAAUGCCCAGAAGUGGAAAGAAGCAGAAGUCCCACUAAAGGAAGAAUGGAUACAAAAACUUACGGAAUAUGCAGCAAUGGCGAAACUUACCAGAAGAAUAAGAAAUCAAGAUAACAAACUGUUUAUAAAAGAAUGGAAACGUUUUAUUGAAUAUUAAAGAUAAAUUGUAAACAGAUAAAAACAUUAACAGGAUUGUUGUAAUAACCUGAAUUUUUAUAAGAGUAUAUAUUUACAGUAGAUAAUUAAAUGGGAAGUUAAAUGAAUUUGGAUAUGCAGAAGAUAUUGAAAAAUAAAUUUAAGGAACCGCAGAAAGAGGGAGAAGGAAGUUAAAUUUUGAAAUGUCAAAUUGAUGGUAAAAUUAAUGAAAUGUAUAAACUUGAAAAGUAUAAAUAAAAACUUUUUAAAAAAUUAAUAAAAUAAAUUAGAGGGUGAGCAGGCAGAAUCAAGGGGGCAAGCUAUUUUGAACGGAGGACAGGGUUUGCCUAUAUUUUUCCAGUAUAAAUAUUAAGUGUAUUAAGUUGCUUAUUGGUAAUUUACAGAAUUCAUGGUUUCUUUAGCUAUCAUUGUUUAUCUUUUCAGGAAAAUGGCACCAAGGCAUGAACUGUGAAUCCCACAAUGACCACUGCCACCACCCUUUAAACCAUGGCUUUGAUUACUUCUAUGGCACCCCUUUUACACUUGUGAAUGAAUGCCAGGCUAAUAAGGAUCCUGAGAUGAACGUCCAGCUGCAAGCUACGUAUUGGUUUUACACCCAGAUGGCAGCUCUUUUGGUGUUCAGUCUUGUGCUGGGAAGAACUACUGGUUUGUUCUAUGUGAAAUGGAAAAUAAUUGCCUUCACUGCUUCAUGUGGUAUCCUAUUUUUCAUCUCCUGGUUUGCCAAUUAUGGAUUUGUAAGAUACUGGAACUGCAUCAUGUUGAGAGAUCACAUCAUUACUCAGCAGCCAAUAAAGCUGGAAAAUGCUGCCUCCAGGAUAUUGAAAGAGUCAACCUCAUUUAUUAAACGGUAACCCAUUAAAAUUAUUUAACUGCUUUUCAGAUUUUGAGAGGAGUGGACUGAUUUUGAAACCUUUGUCGUCCGUGCUUAGGAUGGAGCUAAGACUACCUUUACUAGUGUGUCAAAUCACUGCAUUGCUCAGUGGCAUGUUUUUCAGAUGAUGUUGCAUCGAUACAAACUUUUAGGACAGAGCUUUCCAAACUUUUUAUGCUUCAUUUUGUGACACAGUAAUUCAGUUUUGCAUCAUUUCGCGACACAGUAAUUUAGUUUUACUAUCAAACGGGAGGUUAAACUAACCCCUUUCCAGCCCCGGGAGGAGAGUGAGGAGUGUUCACAUGACACACCUGCACACUGCAGCCGACACACUAACACAUGGGUAGGCAAACUAAGGUCCGGGGGCCGGAUCCAGCCCAAUCACCUUCUAAAUCUGGCCUAUGGAUGGUCGGGGAUCAGCGUGUUUUUACAUGAGUGCUUUUAUUUAUAAUGCAUCUCCGGGUUAUUUGUGGGACAUAGGAAUUCGUUCAUUUUUCCCCCUUCAAAAUAUAGUCCAGCCCCCCACAAGGUCUGAGGGACAGUGGACCGGCCCCCUGCUGAAAAAGUUUGCUGACCCCUGUACUAAUGUAUCAUGACACACAGUUUGCAAAGCUCUGAUUUAGGAUCUGGGUACCUUGCUGAAGUAUUGGUACAUCUCAGCCAAGGUGUCCACAUGUUCAACUGUGUGCAUGUGGUAAAGGAAACUAUGUGUGUGAAAUGUGAAUUUUCCUUUGUGCUUUGAUUGGGCUCAGACAUUCAUUAAAUUAAGUGUAUAAGAGAGAAGUGUGCAACUUGUAAACAUGCUGGGUUGGAUUCCCCUAAGAAACUUCAUCAACCAAAAUCCUCUGCAAAGGAUUUCUCUAUGCUUGUGCAACAGGAUUCCCACCCCCUUCUCUUAGAUGCCCCCCAAAAUUGGCUCAUAAGCUUUGCCAAAUGCAGUUGCUCAGAGUUUUAGGGUGGCAGUCAAUAGGAAACUCAACAGCUCACAGCAUUUCAGUCUGGCAGGCACUGCUUAUCAUAGCAAUGACCAUGAAGCAUGGUAAUGGUGGUGAUAAUAAUGACUGGCUGAAUGGGCUAAAACCUACUCCUUUUGUAACAUUUCAAUCUCAUUAGUGUGUAUGGAAAGAUCUCUGUGUCUGUAUCUGUUCAGAUCUUUGCUCAGCUAUGAAUUCCACAUAGCUAAUGGAUGCUUUUGUUGUUGUUUUAAAACAACAUUUUUAAACAUUCCCCCCCCCCCCCAGAAACAAACAAGGACCGUUCCUCCUCUUUGUUUCUUUGUUACACGUCCACACACCCUGUUUCACCACAAAGACGUUUCAUGGAAAAAGCAGGCAUGGUUUAUAUGGAGACAAUGUAGAGGAAAUGGACUGGAUGGUGGGUGAGUGAGUAGCACUUGUGGUUAUUGAUAUUUUUCUAAGGACCAAAGUAGUAGCCUUCCUUGGACCUUUUCUUCUUCUUUUUCCUGAAUUUGUAACUUCCUUGUUGUCUUUCAACUGACAGUAGCGUUCAGCUUAGCACUGGAGAACAGAGAUUCAUAAAUCUGAUAACUCCCCUUCCCUGUCAUCAGUUCCUUGAAACACUUCCUGAAACUGUGGCAAUGCCAUUUCAACAUAUGGAAAUGACAGAUAAUCCUCUCUAUAUUGAUUUUACAAGCUUAUUUAUUUAUAUUUUAUUGAAACAACUUAUAUGCUGCUUAACUACAAUAGUAUCUAAAAGCAGUUUACAAAGAUACAAUGCAAAAAAUAAAAACCAGUUAAAACUAUGAAAUCAAAUCACCAAUUAAAAUACUAUCUGGAAUUAUUAUUAUUUUUAAAUCUUCAUUAGAUGCUGGAAGUGCAACAGGGAGGAGGCCUGCCUGACCUCAGAUGGAAGGGGGCACCAUAAAACUGGGUCCACAAUAUUAAGUUCAUAUCUUCUGAGGGAUAUGAGCCUUGAAUCCCAAAAGACAUCUGUGAUCGGGCAGGGAUAUAAAGGAUUCUGCAAUCCUUGAGGUAUCCUGGACCCAAGUAUUUGGCUUAAAAUUAACUCUUGUGGUUCAUCCAAAUCUGCAGGGGAAAUUCUUGCUGCUGUUGACAAAGAGGGCUUGAGGAACAACACUUUUACUUACUUUACUUCUGACCAUGGUGGCUUUUUGGAGGCUAGAGAGGGUAUUACCCAGCUAGGUGGCUGGAAUGGUAUAUACAAAGGUAAGGCAGCUUUCCUUCAAUUCUCCAUGCCCUUGUAUAGAUUACUGUACUUCAAUGUGCCUGUGUGUCUGGAAACUUCCAUGCGUACAGAACAAAGCUUUGAGAGGGCAAACUGGGCUUCUGAAUUACAAACAUAUAAUGCUACUACAAAGGCACGUUGACUGGCUCCCAAAGUAAGGUAAAGGGACCCCUGACCAUUAGGUCCAGUCGUGACUGACUCUGCGGUUGUGGCGAUCAUCUCACUUUAUUGGCCGAGGGAGCCGGCAUACAGCUUCCGGGUCAUGUGGCCAGCAUGACUAAGCCGCUUCAGGCAAACCAGAGCAGCACACGGAAAUGGCGUUUACCUUCCCGCUGGAGCGGUACCUAUUUAUCUACUUGCACUUUGACGUGCUUUCAAAUUGCUAGGUUGGCAGGAGCGGGGACCGAGCAACGGGAGCUCACCCCGUCACGGGGAUUCGAACCGCCGAUCUUUUGAUCGGCAAGCCCAAGAGGCUCAGUGGUUUAACCCACAGCGCCACCCGUGUCCCAUGGCUCCCAAAGUGGGUUGCAACAAAUUAUUAUGACAUAACAAAAUUUAAAAUAGUGGUUAAAAAAUAAUAGCAUCAGUGGCUUAAAACUGUUCUUAAAUAGAACAUCCAUAAAACCACCUGGAUCCCCAUCCCCCAAGUCUUUAAGAUUUCUUAAAUGGCCAAAGAGUGGGGGACUUAUGAAUUCAUCUUGACCAUCACAGAUAUGGGAGAUCCCUGAUAUUCGCCAAGCUUACUGCUUUCAUAGGUGGAUCACAAAACAGUGCCUUGGAAAUCAGUCUUAAAGCUUGGGCAGUUAUAUAUACGAACUUAUUUAUGUCAAGAGCCUGCGCAUCCUCUUUAUCAAUAUGUGUGUUCCUUCAUUAUUCAUGCUGGGCUCUAGGUUUUUUUAAAAUGCAUUUAACAGCUGAUCUCCACUCUGAUGAUCUCCACACUGAACUAUGACAUUCAGCUCAUGAAUUGUAAUUAUCUUUCUCUUCUAUUACUUCUUCUUUGGCAGGUGGAAAAGGUAUGGGAGGCUGGGAAGGAGGAAUCCGUGUGCCUGGAAUAGUUCGGUGGCCAGGGAUAGUCCCUGCUGGCAGUGUUAUUGAUGAACCAAUAAGUCUUCUGGAUAUUUCCCCACAGUGGCUCACUUGGCUGGGGCAUCCAUUCCACAAGACAGGUACAGAAUACUGGUCUGAAAGUAGCUCAAGACGAUUUGGAUUUUAGCCAUUAAAAUUUGCAAAAAUGUGUAUAUAAUCCAUAGCAUCAUCCAUUUGCUUGGCUUUCUGACAUGUUUUAAUCCAGAAACAUCUUAAGUGAUUUCAUCUACAGGUAUUCUGUAAAGAUUGCAUUUAAAAAAUAUGCUGGCCUGUUAAAUUCAAAUGGAUUUCUCCAUAUAAGGGCAAAAGCCUGUUGAAUCAUAGAAUUGUAGAGUUGAAAGGAUCAUCUAGUCCAACCCCCUGCAAUGCUGGAAUAUUAUUCCAUAUCAUGUGCUUUUUUAUUUUCCCAACAGCAUUUAAUAUUUUAGGAUUCCCCUCCCUUUUUCUCCAUUUCAAAUGGGCUCAAACCCAUGACCUUGAGAUUAAGAAUCUUAUGCUCUACCAACUGAGCUAUCCCAGACUUUGUAAAAUACAAAAUCAAAUGUAAAUCUUUCUUUUUAUUACAAGACCACAUAUUUAAAUAGAAGGCAGGGGGCUUUCUUGGUAGUGGCGCCCACCCUGUGGAACUCCCUCUCGUCAAGGAAAUAAACAACUAUCUGACUUUUAGAAGACAUCUGAAGGAGCCCUGCUCAGAGAUGUUUUUAAUGUUUGAUGUCGUAUUGUGUUUAAAUUUGUUGGAAGCAGAGAUGUUUUUAAUGUUUGAUGUCGUAUUGUGUUUAAAUUUGUUGGAAGCUGCCCAAUAGGUAGGAAUUUGGGACCUAUGGUUGACAUCAUUAUGCCUGAUCAAUUGCACAAUGGACUUCUGCUUGCCUGACUACCUCAGAAGCUCACCACCUCUACUCCAGUGGGUCCACCAACCAUCCAGAUUGGAUUCUGGAGGAUGGAUAGAAAGCUGCAGUUGGUAGGAGAAGGGGGCAAUACAAGGGGGAAGUGUCUUAUGUGAGUGGAAGUUGGCUCAUCUGUUGAUGAGUAUUACCUUAUGCAUUUGCCUGACUGAAAACUGUUCAUUCAAUUAAAUGGAAAAAUUGAUAGUGCCAAGACUAGCGCAACUCCUAAGGCAGAAUAAGGACUCAUAAGGACAGAAUAAUACCACUCAGUGGAUUUGUAACUGGCUGACUGACCAAACCCAAAGGGUGCUCAUCAAUGGUUCCUCUUCAUCCUGGAGAAGAGUGACUAGUGGGGUGUCACAGGGUUCUGUCUUGGGCCCGGUCUUAUUCAACAUCUUUAUCAACGACUUGGAUGAUGGACUCAAGGGCAUCCUGAUCAAAUUUGCAGAUGACACCAAACUGGGAGGGGUGGCUAACACCCCAGAGGACAGGAUCACACUUCAAAACGACCUUGACAGAUUAGAGAACUGGGCAAAAACAAACAAGAUGAAUUUUAACAGGGAGAAAUGUAAAGUAUUGCACUUGGGCAAAAAAAUGAGAGGCACAAAUACAAGAUGGGUGACACCUGGCUUGAGAGCAGUACAUGUGAAAAGGAUCUAGGAGUCUUGGUUGACCACAAACUUGACAUGAGCCAACAGUGUGAUGCAGCAGCUAAAAGCCAAUGCAAUUCUGGGCUGCAUCAAUAGGAGUAUAGCAUCUAGAUCAAGGGAAGUAAUAGUGCCACUGUAUUCUGCUCUGGGCAGACCUCACCUGGAGUACUGUGUCCAGUUCUGGGCACCACAGUUCAAGAAGGACACUGACAAACUGGAACGUGUCCAGAGGAGGGCAACCAAAAUGGUCAAAGGCCUGGAAACGAUGCCUUAUGAGGAAAGGCUAAGGGAGCUGGGCAUGUUUAGCCUGGAGAAGAGGAGGUUAAGGGGUGAUAUGAUAGCCAUGUUCAAAUAUAUAAAAGGAUGUCACAUAGAGGAGGGAGAAAGGUUGUUUUCUGCUGCUCCAGAGAAGUGGACACGGAGCAAUGGAUCCAAACUACAAGAAAGAAGAUUCCACCUAAACAUUAGGAAGAACUUCCUGACAGUAAGAGCUGUUCGACAGUGGAAUUUGCUGCAAAGUCUCCUUCUUUGGAGGUCUUUAAGCAGAGGCUUGACAACCAUAUGUCAGGAGUGCUCUGAUGGUGUUUCCUGCUUGGCAGGGGGUUGGACUCGAUGGCCCUUGUGGUCUCUUCCAACUCUAUGAUUCUAUGAUUCUAUGACUCUUACAGGAAAUAUGGCGGCACAGAGAAGAUCCUGUAAAUCCUGUAUCCUCUUUCUUUCCCCCCUUCCUUCUAUCCUGGCACAUUUUGCCCUGAACUGUAUGUAGUAGUAGAGGGCCAGGCUCAGGGUGGCUAACACCAAAUAUAAAUUACAAUAAAACAUAAUAGAAAAAAAGAAAAAACAGUUACUUAAAAUACGGCUGAAAAUACAGCUGAAAAUGCAGCCUCAUUCUAAUAGUAGCCCAUAAAUCAAGGACAUAAAGGAAGGAAACAUCAGAUAUUCACCUGAGCCAGCUAUCCAUGCUGGUCCUACAUGAGCCAACAAAAAGCCAAGGGAAAAUUUAUAUACCAAAUCCCAUACAAAGGGUCAGACUGAGUCCAAGCCAAAGGCCAGGCGGAACAGCUCCAUCUUGCAGGCCCUGUGGAAAGAUGUCAAAUCCCACAGGGCCCUGGUCUCUUGUGACAGAGCGUUCCACCAAGUCAGGGCCAGUGCUGAAAAGGCCCUGGCUCUAGCUGAGACCAAUCUAACCUCCUUGAGACUCAGGACCUCCAAAGUGUUGUUAUUUAUGGACCUUAAAGUCCUCCACGGGGCAUACCAGGAGAGGCGGUUCCUUAGGUAUGAGCUAAAGAAUCAGUCAUCGGCGUAUGCUGUACAGUACUGCUUUACUAAAUGUAUUAUUACUUUUCUUAGGGUGAUUGAUGGAAGGAACCAGAUAGCUUUGCUACAGGGAGCAGUGCAGCACUCAGAGCAUGAAUUCAUGUUUCACUACUGUGGGUCGUACUUGCAUGCGGUACGCUGGUACCAGAAAGAGAGUGAGUAGAAAAUAUUAUCCUUAUAUCAGAUAUUGGGUCACUGAAAUAAAAUGCGUAGCUCAUGAUUCAGUGUGGCAUCUUGACACUAACUUGCUUGCUUCUCAGACUGUGUGCACACCAUACAUUUAAAGUGCAUCAUGGGAACUGUAGUUUAUUAAGGUGCUGGAGAUUUUUGCUCUGUGAAGGGUAAACUACAGUUCCCAAGAUUCUUUGGGGGCAAGCCAUGCAGUUUAAAUGUGCUCUAAAUGUAUGGUGUGUCCACACAACUGCACUCAAAGCUAUAGGUUGUGCUGUAUGGAUUUCACUAUUAGAAACAUGAGGAUUUGGUACUGGGUAGCCUAUUAUCCAUUUCUGGGUCGAGUAUCCAUUUCUGUCUCUUAUAACUGCUAGGUUGAGAUUGAAAACAUUUUGGAAAUGCUUGGUGAAAUCUCAAAAGCUGGAAUGGAUUCUACCUGUGAGUUGCCAAUAGCAAGCUCACACACUCGCUAACCUGUAUCAGAGCAUUGAGUAUCUUCACGCACUAACCACAAUGUACACAAAAUAAUGUGAAAUAUACUCAGAGUCGCAAAGUGAUUUCAGGCUCUUUAUUCAGCUCAUAGUGGUGAGGAGGACUGAAUGGAAGUUCCCUCACAGUAUCUGCUUUAUAUACAUUAUUUACACAAUGGGCUGCACAUGAUUGGCUAAUUCCGGAAUUCUACUGUAAGCCAAUCAGGUUGUGGAUUCACUUCUAUCUGGAGCAGGAUUGGGUGGUUCCUGCCAACCAAUCAUACUGCUGCAUUGUUCUAGGACCAAUCAGACUGCUGCAUUCUGAAUCCUAUUGUUCUAGGACCAAUCAGACUGCUGCAUUUUGGAUCCUAUUGUUCUAGGACCAAUCAGACUGCUGCAGUUUGGAUCCUAUUCAACUCAGUACAUAACAUAAUGUGUGAGACAUUCUAUAUCUGUGUAUAUCCAUUCUCUAUGAACUGACUGUCCGGGGGGUCACAAAGGGGGCAAAACAAUGUCUCUCUCCUGAAGUCUUUCCCAAAAGUUGAGUCAGGUGACAUGUUGAGUCAGCCACAGUUGGCCAUGGGGUACCAACAACAUUACUUGCUAAUGUUAUUCGCCUGCAGGCUGGUGAGUAAGAUAUGCACACUUCUCUGAAGGAAGCUCCAUUGAACAGGGUGGGAUUUUCAUAUGAUUAAGCAUGCACAGCAUUGCUCUUGCUUGCAGUAAGGGUUGAGCACUGAUGACAAGAAUACAACAAUUUUGUGCCUGAUGGAUCUUGUUUGUUUUGAAGGAGUUGGGUUUGAUAAUUUUGACGGGUUUCUUUCGGCAGUACAGGUCUGGAAUUCAAAAAAAUUAAGAAAUCAAUAGUACCAAGCUUAAUCUUUGUACCAAACUAGAGAAUAUCAAACAAAUAAAGAAAUAGGCUGCUUCUUCUUCUUCUUCUUCUUGCAUUAAUCUGGAAGUGUGCAUCAUUCAGCGUCCUUUUCACCAGUUUGUUGGAAUAUAUGGUAACUAGAUGCUGAAUAUGUGUAUUAUAAGAUAUUCCACUAGAGGGCAAAGAUAUCCAAGCUUUCUUUGAACAAACAUGCAUUUUAUUCUUUCCUUUUCCAAUGCUUAUUUUUCUGAAAAGUAGCUAUCUUCACAGCCACAAAAUUGCGAAGUGCUUUUGAUGCCAGAUUUUGAAAGUGAUUCAGCUGCAGGUAUUAUAACCCCCAUAUGCAAAAACACUGUUUUCAGAAAGGGUGGAAAUUCUUUUACACAAGUGCAAAAAUGUAGUUGAAUGCUUAGCUGAAUACCACCCUUAAUCUUUACUCUUUUUUUUUUGAAGUCACUGAUUUUUUUUAAAAAAUAUUCUAAUCAGACCAUUAGGUGCUGUGUGAUUUUUUUUAAAUUAUAUUUGUAUUUCUUACCUAUUGUAAUUUAUUGCAUUGCAGUUUGCAUGCCACAGAAAUCAAACUGUAAUACAAUAAAAUGCAUACAAGAUAAGAAAUAAAAAGGAAAGCAACAGUUAAAGAAGAAGAAGAGUUUGGAUUUGAUAUCCCGCCUUUCACUCCCUUUAAGGAGUCUCAAAGCGGCUAACAUUCGCCUUUCCCUUCCUCCCUCACAACAAACACUCUGUGAGGUGAGUGGGGCUGAGAGACUUCAAAGAAGUGUGACUGGCCCAAGGUCACCCAGCAGCUGCAUGUGGAGGAGUGGAGACUCGAACCCAGUUCCCCAGAUCACGAGACUACCGCUCUUAACCACUACACCACACUGGCUCUCUAAAAAUCAGUUUGAGUCCUUAAUGCAACCAUACAUCCACAGACACACUACAGACCACCUGAGAGAAGCUUGCAGGCCACUGUUUUAAAGACCCUCUCCUGGAAUCAGUGGGCUUUCUUAUCUUCCAUUCUUAAACUCGAUACAGUUAAUCAGUAUAAACACAUUUUUAAAAAAAUAUCUAUCUUUAAUAUUGGAGAUGAGAUUUUUCUAUGAGGUAGGCUCAGCCCCUUAUAAGGUAUCCUGAUGCUACAGUUGAACACCUCCCAAAAAUGGCUCCCUCUUCCUGAUAGCUGCUCACCAGGGCUAUUUUUAGAGCUAACAGUUUUGUGGAGCGGAAAAACAGAAUUCCAUAUCUAUCCUGUGGAGAAGCGUUCUUCCAUGGCAACUAGCAAUUCAUCAUUUUUGACAGAGCUGUAUGAGGGUAAAGGCUUCUGAAGCAGCUCCAAAUACCUUGUCCUGGAAAAUCUUCUGUUGGAAGAACCAAGUGGUUUAACUAUCGUGAACAAAUUUGACAUCCAUUCCAGUGAGAAUUCCAAAAAGUGUUUGGAGGACCACAUAUUCAUCAACUAGAAACUGAAUAUCUUUAGUUUCUUUUCUCUAAGGUGGUGCUCUCUGGAAGGCCUAUUAUGUGACUCCAAAAUUUCACCGGGGGGGGGUGGUGCUUGUUAUGGAAGAAGACUGUGUCCGUGUUCUGGAGAGCGAGUAAUUCACCACAAUCCUCCCUUGCUUUUUGACCUCACAUCAUCCUUCUGAAACCAGUCCUUUUCCACCAAAUUCUGAGCCACUUUUCAACACACUAGAACAGUGAUGUCCAACCGGUCGAUCGUGAUCUACUGGUUGAUCGUGUGAUCCCGAUAGAUCUCCAAAAAUAAUAAUAAUAAUGAAGUGAUAAUGAAGAUGCACUUAUUUAAACAAAUAAAUUGUAGACUCCGAUGACUUUUAUAGAACUCCCUUCUUACUGGCCUAGUUCAUGUGUAGUAAGUAAUGGUUUGCUUAAAGAACCAAGUUGACUUGAAGAUGAUCAGACAAAACCAUGGCUUAUCAGACAAAAACUGAACUAGAUGGACCAUUCAUCUGAUUUGGUAUAAGGCAGAAUCUUACAUUUGUAGCGGAAAUAAUUCUGCCCAUGGUCGUGAAUUCUGCAUGUUCCUCUCAAUCCAGAAAGAAGUGGUCACAUUUUUAAAUCAUGUACAUAAUUUAAUCAUAGUUAAACCCCAUUGGAAUGGGACUUCAGUGCACCAAACUAUGAACUCAGUUACACCUACAAGCAUCAGCUCUAACCUUAUAAACAAACCAAUCUUCCACACUGCUAAUGCGGAGAACUUGGAUUUAAGCAGAUUAAUUUUCAUUGAGAGCGAUGGAGCUAAAGGAGCUUGGUCCUAUCUAUGCCGUUUUUUAGCUGUUAUGUUGACUGAAUUGCUAGGCACCUAAAAUAAACUACCAGCUUCCCAGUGUGAAGGUGAGAUUAUGCAGACCCCUACUGAGCUGAGCUCUUUGGAAAUUUACAGGCUGGAUACUGCGCCAUGUUAUAGGGCUUCUUUCCUACAGCAAUCCAUCUAAGUGUUGAAAGAGAUAAUCCAGAGAUGAAUUACAAGUUUAUUCAACCCAUGGCCAUUAAGCUACUUUGCAUGUAGCAUUAAAUGAGAAGUGGACAGCUCUCCAUGGGCUGCUUCAGAGUGUACACCCAAUUCUUCCUUUGCAGCCCUGGCAUGAAUUAAAAAAAGAAUUCAGCCCACAGCUGCAAAGGAUCAGGAGUUCAUGUAUGAGUACAUUUCCUCUUCUUUUGCGUUUGAUGCCAUGACGGAUAUCUGAUAAGACAGUAUGGCAUGGGCCAAAUGAGGGGGUCUGCCAGGCCUGAUUAUUCUAAUUAGGCCCAUGGACUAGGAGUUCCCCACCACUGCAUUGAACUGUGGUUUAAAAUAAGCUAUAGUUUACAAUGAACUAGCAUGAUGGGAGGAAACCAACCAGCAGAUAGGUUGCCAUUAUGCACAAACCGGCAUCAAUGGUUUGUUGAUGAUGGCAAGCCAAGGUUUGUUUUUCCUGGUAUGGUGAAGAAAAGUACAAGGGAAGGGAGGUGCUGUGGGGAUAUUUGAGCAGUGUGUAAAAUGCAACAAAGGAUACUCAGUUACUUAGUUCCAUGCUGUUCCUUAGAUGAGACAACUGCAUUCUUUCAGUCUAAUUCUUUGUUUUUUGAAAGAUAGCCUUUUGGUUUAAAUUACAAAAGAAACAAAAAACCCACAUCAUUUCAUUACUUUCCCUUGGUCAUGUUAAAGUGCCUAGGGCACCCAAAAUAUAUUUUUAAAAGCCCACCACCUUUGCUUCUCUUGUCUGGCUCUCAUUGAUCAUAUCCGCAGUGUAUUACAUCUUUUGCAACAUUUGUAUAGCCCUCACUCUUCCAACGAGCAUGAAUUUUAGUCAAUUUUUUUUUGCCAAUGCCUAAAAGUUCAAGCAGGCACACUUCACAUUUGAUGUGUUUGUGAUUUUUUUUUAAAAAAUCAGUAUUGUGUCAGGUACAAAAAUUAGCAUGUAUCACAUCAGAGUUGGUGCAACAACUCUGGUGCAAGUGAAUAUGUGAUUAAAACAGCAAAGGCUGCUUUAUACGGAAAUGUGAUAUGAAGGCAGAGGGGGUGGAAUGGAAAAAUUGAAGAAAAAAAUGGGUGGGGGAUAUUCCAAUUCUUCUCCUGUCUUCACAUCUCUAGUUCAUACUACACACACACAUUCAUUAACAGGAUUUCCAGAGCACUCAAAUGCUUUUCCCUUAAAAAACUGCAUCUUGUAAAUUUCUCCCAAUAAAGAACCAGCUCUUACAAGUCACAUUGACAAUAACAUCUACAGAUGCUACACACAAUUCCCAAACUAAUUAAUAUAAUGAAAGACAGAUAUAGAAAUCAAGAAUAUAAAAUGUUUAUUUGAUAAUGAACAAAGUUACAAAAAUAAAGAAAAAAAGCAGGAUUUCUCUAUUUACAAAACCAGAAAGUAAAGAAUUACAAAGUAACAAAUAUGGGUGAGAAACUGCUGAUUGUGUUGGCAAAAGCAGUUCCCUCCUGCAGCAACGGUUAUCAAGGAACUCUACUUAGGAAGAGCACAAGUAGUCAGUUUAGGACUUGUCCUUUCCCACUAUGAAACAGGGAUGUUCACAGUAAAAUACAGGAAGGGUGCAGAAAUCUGUGAAAACUAUUCUAAUGCAUCUCAAAUUAUAGAAUGUUGUAUACUUUUUCUUUUUUGCAGUAGUCUCAAGUUGCAGUUAUAGUUAAUUAAAAUAAUCAUAUUGCCCAUUAGUGGCUCAUUUAGAAACUUGUAAAGAGAAUUAUCCAGGCCAAAUAUAAUUUUAUAAGGAUUUUUAUUAUGCCAUCCAUGUUUGUGGAGUCCACAUAAUGAGAUGAAAUCAUCUUAGUUCAUGCAUUUGAUGAUGGAAACUUGCAACUACUAAGCACCCUUUUCGCCUCCAGUACAUUAUGAAGCCAACAUGCCCUCCUAUUCUGCAUAGAUUUUGAUGUCCCUGGUUUCAUUUUCACCCCCAUUCCCAUGCCUCCUACUCCCUCCUUUUAUUUUUGCAAUUCCCUUUGCACCCUCAUUUUCACACUCAACCCUUUUCCCCCACCCCCUUCCUCCUUACUUUUCUUGACUCCCCUUGUACAUAGAACAAAUCAACAAAAUCUAUUUGAAUUAUUAUAUUUAAACCGAAUCUCCAGAGAACGUCAUGUUCCAUCACUUUCGUAGUUAUUGUAUCAUGGUGUUUUUGCUUUGCUUUCCCUUCCAGGUGGUACAGUAUGGAAAGUUCAUUACACAACACCAAUAUUCAACCCCGAAGGUGCAGGAGCCUGUUAUGGAAAGAGGAUGUGCCCAUGUUCUGGAGAAGGUGUAACACAUCACGAUCCUCCUCUGCUGUUUGAUCUCUCAAGAGACCCAUCAGAGGCCGUGCCUCUUUCACCGGACAUGGAGCCCUUGUUCCACACAGUCCUAAAGCACAUAGGCAGAGCUGUGGAGGAGCAUCGCAGCUCCCUCACACCUGUCCCACAGCAGCUCUCUUCUGGAAACAAUAUGUGGAAACCAUGGCUGCAGCCAUGCUGUGGGACCUUCCCGUUCUGUUGGUGUGACAAUGAAGAAAGUGAUACCCAUUCAUAUAAAGUGGGCUAGCAAAAAGAAUCCUCUCGCAAUGAAACACUGUUCUUAGUACAGACAACACAAGCCAAGACAUUCUUAGCUUUCUCUCAUAAAGCAGCUGGGGAUCGGAAGUGGGAGGUUUUUGUUGUUGUUGGUUAGUUUCCGUGUUAUACCCAUAUGUGCCACUUUUCCUUGUUACUGGCUUGUUUUCUUAAAAACAGCAGCCCCUCAGUGUCUCUCCAUCCCUGCUUUGCUCAAACCUUAAUUGAGAAGGAGCAGCUAAAAUUAUACAGGGAGACCUCCGUUCUCACUGUCUUGGCUUGUGUUGUCUGUACUAUACUUAAAAUUUGGAUCAAGGAGCAUCAAAUGGGCAAAGAAACCCCAGGGCUGCACCAGAUCUUUGCAGGAUUAGAUACAAAGUCUAAUUACACUGGGGAACAAAAAAAAAUCGUUUUCUGUUGCAUGAGGUUUUUCAACUGUUCUUAUAUGUUCUUUCAAUGCUGAUUUCAAAUCUGAAAUAGAUUUUCGUGUACAUGCCAUAGUUAUCUUUCAAUUUCCGACUUUUGCCGAUAAUGUCAUAUUUACACUGGGAAUAAGUGGACACUGACACGUUGAUCUACCCUAACCACAUGGUAAAUAUUGUUUUGCAAAUUUAAUUUUUGUAGUUUUGUAACCUAAAUAUUUGUAUUUUUCAGAUUGGACCAUGGCUUCUUCAAGUAGACUGUAUCCCAAGGGAAUACUUUCUUUGCAUACCUCCAACUGUACAUAGAUAUACAUGUCAUCUUCAAUGCUAUACAUGUCAGGUUCAAUGCUAUACAUGUCAGGUUCAAUGCUAUAUAAGUCACUUACAUUUAUACUCAUAUUGUACUACUUUGGCUAUGUGUUUAAUAAAAUAUUGAAUUCUUGCAUUGUGAAAAACAAAGAUUAUGGUGAAAAGUGAAAAACAUGAAUUGCAAAAAUAACUAGAGCUUACAGAACAAAACAGACUUCAGAUAUGAAAUCAGCACGUCGAAAUUAGGUUAGAACAACUGCAGGUGUCAAUGCAACAAAAAUUUGUUCCCCAGUGUUAUUCAGCAUUCGGCUUCCUAAAGUUUAGCAAACUCUUUCCCUAACUGUCCUCAAUAUAUUGAAACUUUCACACAAUAUUGAUAGGUGCAUAUAAAUAGACUGAGUGCCUUCUGUCCUGGGGCUGUCCAAAUACAUGGGAACAUAAGGGCUGCACUUCAUGAAGAAGGUUGCAGGUUCAAUUCCUAGUGUCUCCAAGUAGGGCUGGGCAUAUCUCCAUCUAAAACCCUGGAGAACCAGUCAGUUCUAGACAACGCUGAGCUGGAUGAACCAAAUGUCUGACUUAGUACAAAGCCUACGUACCUAUGUACAUCAAGUUCCAAGGCAAUUACCGUAUUUUUUGCUAUAUAAGACUCAUUUUUUCCCUCCCAAAAAGGGGAAAUGUGUGUGCGUCUUAUGGAGCGAAUGCAGGCUGCGCAGCUAUCCCAGAAGCCAGAACAGCAAGAGGGAUUGCUGCUUUCACUGCGCAGUGAUCCCUCUUGCUGUUCUGGCUUCUGAGAUUCAGAAUUUUUUUUCUUGUUUUCCUCCUCCAAAAGCUAGGUGCAUCAUGUGGUCUGGUGCGUCUUAUAGAGCGAAAAAUACGGUAUAAAGCAGUACAAAAGUCCUAUAUUAGCACCAUUGUAGAAGGUGUUUGAUUCCACGUGUCAACCAUCUAAUAAACUAUCCACCUCCUCA